AUGAAGAAGGACCGAAGAACCCGUGCUCUGCUCCUCAUGCUGUUGCUGUGUUUUGGCUCAGGACAUAGUGAUUAUGCGCCGUACUUUUACGACAAUGGUCCGAGCAGCGACAACGGCAACAUGAACCUGUUCAGUAUUUCAGAGGACACACCAGUGGGAUCCCUGGUGUAUGUGUUGAACGGUACCGACCCGGAGGACGACCCGGUCUGGUACGGUCUGUCCUUCGACCAGGGAUCCAGAGAAUACUUCAGAGCAGAACCUCAGUCUGGGAACGUCACGCUGGUGCAAGAACUGGACAGAGAGCUCCAGGAUGAGAUCUCGGUGUCUGUAAGCAUAACAGACGGGCGUAACAAGGUGGUGGAAACCGCCAGGAUUUUUGUCACAGACGUAAAUGACGAAGCUCCCGAGUUUCAGAACCUGCCAUUUAUAAUCAGUGUCUCGGAGGACGCAGCUCCAGGGACCAGCGUCUACAAAGUGGAGGCCGUGGACAGAGACAUGGGCUCAGGAGGAAGCGUGUCCUAUUCGCUUCUGGCCUCCUCCUCUGGUCCCUUCACCAUCGACCCUCACAGCGGGAUCCUCAGAGUCCGACCAGGAGAGACUCUGGACUAUGAGACCACACCCACUCACUUCAUCACCGUCAUUGCCAAGGAUGGAGGGGGGAAGUUCAAAGGUCGUCACCAGGUGCUGUCGUCUAAAGCCACCGUCACCGUGAACCUGGAGGACGCUCAGGACAUGGCGCCGGCGUUCGUGGGGACGCCGUACUUCGGAUAUGUUUACGAAGUCUCCGUCCCCGGCUCUGAAGUCUUCACAGUCUCUGCCAGAGACGGGGACCAGGGGAACCCCAACCUCAUGCACUACCAGCUCAUCAGCGGUGCAGAGGGAGUGUUUGACAUCAACAGCACCAGUGGCUGCAUCACCCUCAACACUCCUCCCUCCAGUCUAAGGAACGAGCUCUACGAGAUUGUUGUCAAAGCGUGGGAGCAGGCCCCAGACGGGUCUCUCUUGGCUUGGGACCAGACCACGGUGACAGUGAGGGUGGUGGACCUGAACAACCACCCGCCGACCUUCUACGGAGAGAACGGGCCUCAGAACCGCUUCGAGCUCACGCUAAGCGAGCACCCUCCGGCUGGCGAGAUCCUGCGAGGAUUCAAGAUCACCGUCAACGACUCGGACCAGGGAGCCAAUGCAAAGUUCAAGCUGCGGCUGGUGGGGCCCAGCCACGUCCUCAGAGUGGUUCCUCAGACGGUUCUCAAUGAGGCCCAGGUCACUAUCAUUGUGGAGGACACCAGCGGCAUCGACUAUGAGAGAGGCCCGACAUUGUCCUUCAAGCUGUUGGCAGUGGAGGUGGACACUCCCGAGAGGUUCAGCUCCACCGCAGACAUCCUCAUUCAUCUCCUCGACACCAACGACAACACUCCACAAUUCACCUCCGAGUAUUACAUCGCCAGAGUCCCAGAGAACUCUGCUGGAGGCUGCAGCGUGGUGUCUGUGCAGGCAGUGGAUCCAGACUCUGGUCCCUGGGGAGACGUCUCUUACACCAUCUACGGCUCCGGAGCAGAUCUGUUCUCCAUCCACCCCUCUUCUGGCCUGAUCAGCACACAGCCCUGGACCAGUCUGGACGCGGAGGUCAGGUCUAAGUAUAACUUCUACGUGAAGGCGGAGGACUCUGAAGGGAAGUACAGCUUGGCAGAGGUCUUUGUGACGGUCGCCGACAUGAACGACCACCCGCCCGAGUUCCAGGAGAAACAACUGGAGAAAACCAUGAUCAUCGGCUCCCCGGUCAAAGUGGAGGCGGUGGACGAUGACGCAGAAUCUCCCAACAACCUCAUCGAAUACUCCAUCAUGAGGGCCGACCCGGACAACGCCUUUGACAUAAACGCAGAGACAGGAGAGAUCUACCUCAAGCCACACAUAAAGACCAUGGAGAUCGUCCAGAACAUCACCAGACAGAAGGACUGCACCUGGUCUUUGGUGGUCCAGGCCAAGGACUUAGGAUCCCCCUCUUUCAGUACCACAGCCCUGGUGAACAUCGACAUCACAGAGGCGGACCACCUUAAAGGGCCAAUGGCUGCAUUCUUACUGCGCAGUAGGGACAAUCCGAUGAAGGCUAUUGCGAUGCUAAUUGGUAUUGUUAGUGUGUUUUUGGGUGUGACCGCAAUGUUGUCCACGGCAUUGUUUUUGCGCAACUCCAAGUCCAACAGAAUCACUCCGGUUCGCCGCAUCAUCAAACGGCGGCAAGAGAAAACCCGGCAGACGUCGGCGUGGAGGCUCCAAAUGCCACUGUUCUCACGCCCAAACCCCGGGAUCAAGUUCCUGAUCGAGGACACAGACGCCAACCGAGACCAGGAAGCCGGCAGGUCCAGUCCAAGGCCCAGACCGCAGCCUCCGAGCGCGCCUCUGCCCCCACCGCCCCCCUGCCUCAGCCGAGCGAGCGAGAGACCCAGACCAGUGCCCACGGUAUCCGGAGCGUUAGCCUCUAAAGCGUUCAAUAAAGCUAGCCGGCGCAAAGAGGGAAACAUGAGCUCGGCUUUGGUCUCGGAGCUGAAGCAGAAACUGGAGCAGAAGAUCAUUGAGAGUAAUAAGGGGUACUACUGCUGA